GCCAGUGGCAGUCACUGUGCCGUCUGAUUGGACGCAGAGAGAACUCGGAAGGAAGAACUGAACCCUCUACACGCAUUUACAUCGCUCCAUCGCACCGUCCUUAGGCAGCGAAACACGGGUUCUGUGGUUCUGUGGACAGCAAGUCACCGGUCCGGUAUCUUUGCUGUAUGGAUGGGGCGACUGUCAUAUCAGAGCCUUUCAAAGGGGCACCUUAACAGAGUCAACAGGAAACACAGCAGCUUUGUUUUAUCCUCUGAAUAAUUCAGUAUGGAUUAAUGGACAGUGGAAACGAUUAAAUCCCCGUAGUUACCCAGCAGACCUGGACUCAGGUAUUGUGAUUUACUACAACUGUUGAACAACAGGACACGGGACCAAAUUGGAACAUGGAAACAAACACGCGAAAAUUUACCGUCCGGAGAUGGUUUUCUGUAUACCUUCAUAAGAAAUCACGAUCCAAAAACUCUAGUCUCUACAAAUUAGAGGACGACAGUAUCCUGAAGGAGAUUGAUAUAUCCCACCAUGUCAGAGAAGGUUGUGAGAAGGCUGAUCCUUCUCAGUUUGCACUGCUCAAGGUGUUGGGGCAGGGCUCCUAUGGAAAGGUGUUUCUUGUGAGGAAGAUCAGGGGCUUGGACACAGGGCAGCUGUAUGCCAUGAAGGUAUUGAAGAAGGCCACUCUGAAAGUUCGGGAUCGAGUGCGUUCCAAAAUGGAGAGGGACAUCCUGGCAGAAGUCAACCACCCUUUUAUAGUCAAACUGCAUUAUGCAUUCCAGACGGAGGGAAAGCUGUAUCUAAUCUUGGACUUCCUGAGAGGAGGAGACCUCUUCACACGCCUAUCUAAAGAGGUAAUGUUCACAGAAGAGGAUGUUAAGUUCUACCUGGCUGAGCUGGCUCUUGCCCUGGACCACCUUCACAGACUGGGAAUCAUCUACAGAGACCUCAAACCAGAGAACAUUCUUCUAGAUGAGGAAGGUCAUAUAAAAAUAACAGAUUUUGGUCUGAGUAAGGAGGCCAUACAGCACGACAAAAGAACCUACUCAUUCUGUGGUACCAUUGAAUACAUGGCUCCAGAGGUGGUCAACAGGCGAGGACACACCCAGAGUGCUGACUGGUGGUCAUUUGGUGUAUUAAUGUUUGAGAUGUUGACAGGGUCACUACCUUUCCAAGGGAAGGACCGUAAAGAGACAAUGGCUCUGAUUCUGAAGGCAAAGUUGGGCAUGCCUCAGUUCCUCAGCCCUGAGGUACAGAGUUUAUUACGAGCACUAUUCAAAAGAAAUCCUACCAACAGAUUAGGAGCUGGACCGGAUGGGGUAGAGGAGAUCAAGAGACAUGAUUUCUUUGCACCUGUAGACUGGAACAAGCUAUACAGGAGAGAAAUUAAGCCUCCAUUCAAACCAGCUGUAAGACGGCCUGAGGACACGUUCCACUUUGAUCCUGAGUUCACUUCCCAAACUCCCACAGACUCCCCAGGAGUCCCCCCCAGUGCAAACACCCACCAGCUCUUCAGGGGUUUCAGUUUUGUUGCCACCAGUCUGGGACAGGAACAGUCCAUUGCCGGAUUUCGACCAAACACCGUCAACCCCAUUGUACAGCAACUCCAUGGCAACAACAUCCACUUCAGAGAUUCAUAUGAGAUCAAGGAGGAACUCGGUUUGGGUGCAUUCUCUAUCUGCAAGCGUUGCGUCCACAAGAUCACCAGUGUGGAAUAUGCUGUUAAGAUCAUAGACAGAGCUAAGAAAGAUCCAUCGGAGGAGAUUGAAAUCAUGCUGAGAAACGGGCAGCAUCCCAACAUCAUUACACUAAAGGAUGUAUAUGAUGAUGGGAAGUAUGUGUACCUGGUGAUGGAGCUGAUGAGAGGCGGAGAGCUGCUGGACAGGAUAUUGCAUCACAAGUGUUUCUCUGAGAGAGAGGCUUCUGUAGUGCUAUGCACCAUCACCAAAACUGUGGAGUUCCUCCACUCACAGGGGGUGGUUCACAGGGACCUGAAGCCUAGUAACAUCCUGUAUGUUGAUGAUACUGGAGACCCAGAAUGCAUCAGGAUCUGUGAUUUUGGUUUUGCAAAGCAGCUGCGGGCUGAGAACGGUCUGUUGAUGACUCCUUGCUACACCGCAAAUUUUGUGGCUCCAGAGGUGUUAAAGAAACAGGGCUAUGAUGCAGCUUGUGACAUCUGGAGUCUGGGGAUUCUUCUGUACACAAUGCUAGCAGGAUUCACGCCAUUUGCCAACGGGCCUGAUGACACACCAGAGGAAGUCUUGGCUCGCAUUGGCAGUGGUAAGUAUGUCCUUACCGGAGGCAACUGGGACACAGUGUCGGAUGCUGCCAAAGACAUUGUGACCAAGAUGCUCCACGUGGACCCCCACCAAAGACUGAUGGCCUCUCAGGUGCUCAGACAUGCCUGGGUAGUGGAAAGAGAUCAGCUGUCCCAAACCCAACUGCAGCCACAGGAUGCACACCGGGUGAAGGGUGCAAUGGCUGCUACAUACUCAGCUCUGAACCGCUUCCCCCAGAACCCCAAGCUAGAGCCUGUCCUCUCCUCCAGUUUGGCUCAGAGAAGAGGCAUGAAGAGACUCACAUCCACCCAUCUAUAGCAGUACACCCCGCUCUUAGUUCAACAACUUCUGUGAACUCAAACCCGGAUCUGUUACUUUACAAGAUUUUCAAUCAGAUUUUCUUUCAAAAUGACAUUAAGUUGUCAAUGCCACUGUGUUGGUGUUAUUUUCUCUUCAUCCAUAUAUGUGUUAAGCUAGAUUUAUACUACUCCGACUCCUAUACGGACAGACAUACAAACGGAUUUGGAGGGAUUCGAUUUACUCUUUUGAAUUUAUAGUACUCCGAAGGCUGUUGGUGCUGAAAACAAUUCACCUCCAGAACAGUAGGUGGAGCAACGUUUUACCUUAGAGAAGCCUACCCCAUGACGUCUUUGUGUGUGGAAGUCGUCGAUUGUUUAUUUACCCCCUCCCGCCUUUUCCUCACACACAGUGAAUGAUGGCGAGUAGAACACAAAUGUUGACAGCAAAUGUGAGGUCCGGAGAUGUGAGAUUCCGUAAACUAUGUCGUUCGGAAAUGAUGUUGUUAGCGGAACCAUCACGGCCAAGGGGUAUCUGUAAAAUUUGUACGAGAGCCUGUGUCCGUCUCCGUGGAAACGGAGUAGUAUAACUUGGGUUUUAGUCCCUCUAGUCCCUCUCCUCUUGGAGAGACGGUGAGACUACCAGCACAACUCCCCUGGCUACAGUGACUAACUUCUUAGCUUUACUACAAACUCACACACAUUGUCUCAAUUAUGUUGAUAAUUGUCUGAAUGGUAGAUACUGUAAUGCAAUCUCUCAGAUUCUUUCCAGGAUUCAUGUGAAAUUGUGACAUUUUUUGGUUUAGAUGUGUACAACUUAAUCACUUUUUAAAGUCUGGCAAAUCAAUUGGCAUUCAUCAGUUUAUGUCUCCUUCAUCUUGGGCAAAUUGUCAAAUUUCACCAACAUUCCAUCAAAUGAAAGGGUAAAUUGUACUCAAACUGAAUAAAACAAAACUAUUUAGACUUGGUUCCAGUCUAAAUAAUCAAAUUUACAUGUUGCAGAGUUUAUUUCUUUACUCCAUUCUGUGUUUAUAUUUAACUUUACAUAAUGAUAUUGUGCUCUAUAACAAAAUUGUAUUGCAAUUUAUUCAAAACAUUAUUAAGAGAGAGUAUUGUCUGAAAUGUUGACCAACAUUUGAAACCCACAAAAAAUCAAUAAUUCAAAAUAAGUAGUUUCCAAUGCAAAUUCCAUCCCUAAUUAUGGAAAUAGGACAUUUUGGCCAGCUAAAGGCAACAUUUUUGGGCCUUUAUUUGAGCGCAAUUUUUUGUUGUUGAGCUUUAUGUAAAAUAAACAGCCAUUUUUCAAUUGGUAAAACCUUGUCU